CGCAGCAAGACUCGAGCAAAGAAAACUUAAUUCAGAGUGAGUUGCCUUCUACAAAAUGAUCUCAACUAAAUACGAUAGUGUGAGAAAAAUUUGGAGUGGAGCUGAUGAUCCGAGUGCACUCUUCCAUGAAAACGUUACAAUUGGACGUGCUGUGCUGUACUUGCUGAAUUUGAAUCCUGCAAAAAUCUGCCAGGUUAGUGCUGACGAUGGGAGUACGCGGACAAAUGGGGAGAUCUACCAGGCAACGCUCAACAUUGCUCUUAAUCUCCAAAAACGUGGAUGCUCCAAAGGGGAUGUGGUUGGCUUCGUGUGCAGGAAUAGUCACAACCUCACGCCUGCAUUCCUUGCAGCACAAUUCCUGGGAGCUCCCACAAAUGCUGUGGAUGUGGCUUUCUCCAAAGAUGAAAUUGCUCACAUGUUCAAGACAACUGGGCCAAAAUUUGUCUUUUGCGACGAUGAUGUUGCACGAACAGUCCAAAAAGCACUUCUUGAGAUUGGAAGUAGCGCCACAAUUAUCGUUUUGGGACAAAAAAUGGGCAACUUCACCCACAUUGAUGAUCUCUUGGAUGAUAAGGGCAAUCAAAUGGAGAUCAUGAAGUUGCUACUGAAUCCACCAGAAGUCGAUAAGAAAUCAUGUUCAGCUAUUAUCUGUUCAUCAGGAACAACAGGCCUGUCCAAAGGUGUUGCAUUAUCACACGAAGCACUACAACUAUUAUUCUGUCGUCCAGUAAUGGGUUCAUUUGUAGAUCACAACGACUCAAUGUUCAGCUUCAGUUCACUUUACUGGCUUUCUGGCUACUCAUCAAUGUUUAUGAGUCUUUUCAUAGGAAUUCAAAGAGUUAUCACAACAAAACCCUUCUCUCCUGAAUGGCUGAUUGCCAUUAUAAACAAAUAUAAGGUGGCCUUAUUAAUUACACCACCAGCUCACGCAGCUCAGCUUGUAAUUUCUCCCGCCCUGAAAAAAGAUUCUCUUCAAGUACUAAAGUGCUACAUGUGCGGCGGAAGUAUGGUCACAAAGGAGCUUUCAGACAAAAUUCGACCAUACGUUAGCAAUGGAAUGUUCACCAUAAGCUAUGGAAUGACUGAAGUUGGAAGUAUAUCUUCACAAUUCCUGCCAUCUUCCAAAGUUUCUGUUGGGAAUUUAGCUGCAGGAUGUGUGGCGAAAAUUAUCGACGAGGACGGGAAACAACUUGGUCCUGAGGAAUCUGGGGAGAUUUGUGUUAAAACCAGAACUCAAUUCAUGGGCUACUACAAUAAUCCAAAAGCAACGAAGGAAACUCUGGACAAAGAAGGAUGGAUCCAUACGGGUGAUCUGGGGUAUUUUGACGAAGAUGGUUUACUUUUUAUAAGUGGACGCAAAAAGGAGAUUCUAAAGUACAACAACUUCCAUGUGACUCCAUCGGAAAUUGAGGAAAUUCUCGAAUCCCAUCCAGGUAUAUCGCAAGCAGCUGUCGUGGGGAUUCCAGAUCCAGUCUUUACGGAUCUCCCAGCUGCAGUUGUUGUCCGGAGGAAUGGUACUUCCGUUACAGAGGAAGAGCUCUUAAAGUUGGUUGAGAAGAGUGUUCCGGAUUACAAAAAACUUCGCGGUGGGAUUUACUUCGUUGAUGACUUCCCGAUGACACCAUCAGGGAAGAUAAGGAAGCCAAAAGUUAAGGAAUUAGCCAUUAGUCUAUAUAAAGCAAAGCAAUCACAAAAAAUUAAAACCGUGUUUGACGAAAAGUCUCUAACAUGGAGAGGAGGAGAGUGUCCUACGCUAUUUAAUCCAAGGAUAUCCGUGGGAACAGCUGCAUGGUUCAUCCUCAAUCAGAAUCCCGAUUUUGUGGCUCAGAUCAGUGACAAUAGUGGUGUAAGGAAGACAAACCGCGAGAUUCGUGAUGCUAUGUUGAGGAUUGCAGUGAAUUUGGGCAAGAUUGGAUGCUCAAAGGGGGAUGUUGUUGGUUUCCUCUCCAGCAAUAAUGAAGAUGUUGCUCCAGCUGUUCUUGCCACCCUUCUUCUUGCAGCACAAGUUAAUGCUCUUGAUCCUGCAUUUGGCAAAGAUGAGAUCGCCCACAUGUUCGGAAUAACGCGUCCUAAAUUUAUUUUCUGUGAAAGUGAUAAAAUUCCCGUCUUAAAAGAAGCGCUUCUAAGCUUGGAUCUCAAUGCUAAGAUCAUUACUUUUGGUGAGAAAGUUCAAGGAUUUCUGCAUAUUGGGGAUUUACUGAAUGAUCCUGGGAGCUACAAACAUUACGACUUUCCAGAGAUUGAUGAAAAAACAUGCGCCAUCAUAAUAUGCUCUUCCGGUACAACAGGAAUGCCAAAGGGUGUUUGUGUACCACACAGAACUCUUCUCUAUCUGGCCGCCUAUGGCAUUGUGGCUGAACCGCAGAAGCCUCUGUCAAUUCUCUGCUUCAGCUCCUUGUACUGGUAUACUGGAAUCUUAACCCUCCUCACUGGAACCAUUCAGGGAAUCACACGAAUCAUUACAAGUGAUCCCUACACUCCGGAUUUAUUCUACAACAUGAUUCUGAAGCAUCGACCCAAUCUCCUGUUCACAGGACCUGUUCAACUGACUGGGAUCUUAAACCAUCCUCUUCUAGAUGAAAGUACAAUGGAUUCUAUCAAACACUUUGUUGUUACCGGAAGUGGUAUCCCAGAACCACUCUGGAAGGAAGCUAAGAAAUUUCUGAGAAAUGGAGACAUUUACUGUGGCUAUGGGAUGUCGGAAGUUGGAUGGAUUUCCCGUGAACCAAAAAAAGCUUUGCGCCAAUCCGUGGGUUUUCUUGUUGCGGGUGUUCAGAUGAAGAUCGUGGAUGAGGUUUCCAAUAAACUCGGAAUAGGACAACAGGGAGAGAUUUGUAUGAAGUUCAAGGAUUCGAUUUUGGGAUACUACAACAACCCGGAAGCUACAGCAAAUAUGCUGGAUGAAGAUGGUUGGAUCCACAGCGGGGAUCUUGGCUAUUUUGAUGAGGACAAUCUUCUGCACGUGUUCUUUAAAUCAACAGUAUUUGAUCCAAAAACCCUCACGUGGAGAGGAGUUAAUUCUCCGAAGAUAUUUGAUAAUAAAAUUUCAAUUGGUGCAGCUGCAUUAUUUAUCUUGAACAAAAAUCCCGAUUUUGUGGCUCAGAUCAGUGUCAAUAGUGGUGUAAGGAAGACAAACCGCGAGAUUCGUGAUGCUAUGUUGAGGAUCGCAGUGAAUUUGGGCAAGAUUGGAUGCUCAAAGGGUGAUGUUGUUGGACUCCUAUCUGGAAAUAAUGAAGAUGUUGCUCCAGCUGUUCUUGCCACCCUUCUUCUCGCAGCACAAGUUAAUGCUCUUGAUCCUUCGUUCGGCAAAGAUGAGAUCGCCCACAUGUUCGGAAUAACACGUCCUAAAUUUAUUUUUUGUCAGAGUGAUAAAAUUCCCGUCCUUAUUGAGGCACUUCUUAGCCUGAAGCUCAAUGCCAAGAUCAUUGCUUUUGGUGAGAAAGUUCAAGGAUUUCUCCACAUUGAGGAUUUACUAACAAAUCCCGAUAGGGACCUUAAGGAUUACGUUUUUCCAGAAGUUGAUGAUAAAACCUGCGCUAUAAUUAUAUGCUCUUCCGGUACAACGGGGAUGCCAAAGGGUGUUUGUGUAUCACACAGAAGUCUCCUCUUUAUGUCUGUCUAUGGUAUUGUGGAUGAACCAGAGAGGCCUUUGAGAAUUUUCUGCUUCAGCUCCCUGUACUGGUACACUGGGAUCUUAAGCCUUUUCACAGGCACCAUCCUGGGAAUAACUCGUAUCAUCACAAACGUUCCCUACAAUGCUGAUUUAUUCUACAAAAUAAUUACAGAGUUUCGCCCCAAUAUCAUCUUUAGUGUACCAAGUCAAAUUAAUGGAAUUAUGAACUAUCCUCUUCGUAAUGAAAGUACCAUGGAUUCCAUAAAACACAUUGUGACCACAGGAAGUAUCCUUCCAGAACCACUCUGGGAGAAAACCAAAAAAUUCUUGAGGAAUGGAAACAUCUACAAUGGCUAUGGGAUGUCGGAGGUGGGAUGGAUUGCUCGUGAACCAAAAAACACUUUACGCCAAUCCGUGGGAACUCUCGUUUCGGGCAUGGAAAUUAAGAUCCUCGACGAGGAUGGAAAUAAAUUGGGAGUAGGAGAGCAAGGAGAGAUCUGUAUGAAAUGGGAGUAUAUGUUUCUGGGAUACUACAACAACUCCGAAGCAACGGCUAAAAUUGUAGACAAGGAUGGUUGGAUUCACAGCGGGGAUCUUGGAUACGUUGAUGAGGACAAUCUCCUACACGUUGUUGGUCGUAGCAAGGACAUCCUAAAAUACAACAAUUUCCACGUUUCCCCCAUUGAACUGGAAAACAUCAUCCUUACGCAUCCUGAUAUUGUACAAGCGGUUGUUGUGGGUGUCCCUGAUCCAGCAAGCACAGAUCUCCCCGCAGCAGUUAUUGUGCGCAAAAAAGGAUCUUUAGUUACGGAAAAGGACAUCGAAAUAAUGAUUAAGGAACGUUUGAGUGAUCCUAAACAACUCCGUGGAGGAGUUUACUUCGUGGACAGUCUUCCUAUGACUCAUUCCGGGAAGAUUAAAAGGAUAAUUGUUAAGGAUAUCGCAACGAAAUUACAUAAAGAGAAGAAUACAUAAAAACUAAUUAUUCUCUUUGUAAAAUUAUUCUUUAAUGUCAGUUUAAAAUAUUUUAAUCAAAUUGUGGAACGUGUGAAUUAAUAAAUUAAUACUGCCACAA